UCGAUUGGAUAAAAGCUUAAAUUAUUUUAUUUUCAUUUUUCUUCUCUUGUUCCUCGAUUCAUGGAUGAACGCUGUUGCAUACCAGAUUCAGCAUCUUCUUCCGACGCCUACUGGCUUCUUCUGCAAGUCCUCUCUCUCAUCCCUCUCUGGCAUUACCUUCUCCUUGCAGCGUUCAUUCUCUUCUCCCUUCUCUACAACUUCCUUGAACUCCAUUUCUUCCAAGAUCUCUUCUCGGGAUUCGCAGGCUCCCCUGUGCUUCUCUCCUUCAACUCCUCCUCUCAAAUCUACCACGCUGUCGUUUCCAAGUGCGAUGUUCUUCGCGGAAGAUAUUUCGCCACGCCCUGGCUCUGCAGUCCUCAUCUUCAGACUCUUUUCCUGAACUACUUCGGUAGACCUCCCUUCCUAAAAUACGCCAGGGAACUGUUUCGGACUGCUGAUGGUGGAACCAUUGCCUUGGAUUGGCUGUUCAGUUCUCACGUUUCGGAUAAUGUUGGUUAUGAAGAUGAAUCUGUUCCCAUUGUUGUGGUUAUUCCUGGCCUCACAAGUGACUCUUCAUCUCAAUAUAUCAAACAUCUCGCGUAUCACACUGCAAAGCGUGGAUGGAACGUUGUUGUUUGUAACCACCGAGGUUUUGGAGGUGUUUCAAUCACGUCUGACAUUUCCUACAAUGCUGGAUUGACUGAGGAUGUUCGCGCAGUGGUUAAUCAUCUCCAUAAAGAGAGAUCCAAGGCACCACUGUUUGUUGUUGGAACUAGUAUCGGAGCUAAUAUUCUGGUUAAAUAUCUUGGUGAGGAUGGUGAGAAUAUUCCUGUUGCUGGAGCUGUUGCUGUUUGCUCUCCCUGGGACCUUUUGAUAGGGGACAGAUACUUACGCCGAGGGCGUGUGCAGAAAAUUUAUGAUAAAGCACUUGCAUUUGGACUUCUAGAUUAUGCAAAAUUGCACCAGUCUCACUUUUCUCGCAAUGCUAAUUGGGAAGGAAUGGAAAAGUCAGUUUCUGUUCGCGAUUUUGAUGAUCACGCAACCCGUGUAGUUGGGAAGUAUGAGAGUGUGGAUACGUACUAUAGACGUUGCAGUAGUGCCACUUUUGUGCGUUCCGUUUCGGUUCCGCUUUUGUGUAUUAGUGCUCUUGACGAUCCAAUCUGUACAACAGAAGCCAUUCCCUGGGAUGAAUGCAAGGCAAAUAAAAACAUUGUGUUGGCUACUGUAAAGCAUGGAGGACAUCUGGCCUUCUUUGAAGGACUAUCUGCAUCUCGCAUUUGGUGGGUAAGAGCCGUAAAUGAAUUCCUUGGUGUACUGCACAGGAGCAAAUAUAUGCAUGUACAGGAUAAAGAAUUCUCAACCAAAAGUUCCAUUGGACUGAUCAAUUGAUGAUGGCACUGCAUCCAACGUUGACCUCAGAAACAAUGUGGAAGAAACACGUUUAGUGCAUGUAUAGUGACAGUCGUAACAUGCUUCCGCAAGAAAAAGUUCAUUAAAUGACAACUGACUAACUAUUGCAAACAGUUGCUACUGUGCCUCGUUAUUUAUGA